AAAUCAAUGUCAUGUGAGCCUACUAAAUUAUAACAGUGAUCUGCCACGGCCGAGGUGUUGGUCCUACCGUGUUUUAGGUCUGCUUUGUGUUCACGAAUGCGGUCCGAGACAUGUCGUUUUUUGCAAUUGUUUUUUCUUCCGGCAUCUCUUAUUUGUCACGUGACCAGAAUAAUCCUUACAACGAGGAGUUGAUGAGCCUAUGAUAUGAAGAGUUUAGUUGCUGAAUCCAGACUCCAGUUUAAGGCAUUUAAACCAUGGAUUCUUUAUUCACGCAUAACUCUGUUGUUUCACCCCACAUAACAGUAAACAAUGAAUGGAUGUAUUUUAUCAAGUCACUUGGUGAAUUACCUAUGGUGGGUUGAAGUGUGGGUACCCUAAGUAAAGUUGGUUUCAGACAGCUGUUUCUGCUGUGCUGGUAUCUGUAACCACACUGUGCCCACACUCCUGGGGUUGCAAUGCUGAAAGAGCGCAGGGCAUAUAAUGGGUUCACCACAGAGUGAUAGAUAAGACACUUGCAUUUAAGUAACUGCAGAAGUCAUGCUGUGAUGUGAAAGUCUGAGGGAGAAGCCUUCCUUGAUAUAGUACAAUAUUCCACUGCUCAUUGCUGGUGUUCUGGAUUGACAUUUCUUCAUCUCAUUCAUUGACGUUGCCAGCACAAUUCGGAAUUUAGUUGGGAUUUUAAAAAAAUGUAUUCAACUGCGUUCCUCCCUAUGUGCUCAUUACCAUCGAGAACACUCACGGCACGCGAAGUGAUUGUGAGUUUCCCCCAAUCACUGCCAUUGGUCAAAGCCUUACAAGCUGAGAAACGCUCAUUUGCAUGCCAGGCGACAUGGAAGCACACACACUUGCAAAAUAAUUUAUUUUGUUUUUAUGUUAGUUGCCUUUCUGUCCACAAACUGCAAGGCCAGGCCGGGGUUAAUCUGACCAUAGUAGUGGGGCCGAUGAUGUAACUUGCAAGUGCGCUUUGGCCGAAAACGUAUUUACAAGUUCAGGUUCUCUCGCUCCUAAAUCGGCAUGUCUGAAUGGUCGUUACUGUGUGAAGUUGAUUGAAAAUAUUUCAGUGCAGAAUCACUGCAUGUGCUUGUGUAAUUAUUCACGAAAAGGGAGGAAGGUACCCCUCAUAUUCUUGGUUAUUUCGGUAAAGUCACGUUUCCCUUCUUACGUGACUUUACCGAAAGAACCAAGAAUAUGAAUCCCUGCAGUCACGAAAGCUUUAAAUCAAAAGUACCCCUCAUAGUUUAGAACGUGAUCUCCUGCUGUCUGCGCUCUCAUCCAAGGCAAAACUAAAUUGCCAAAUAAAAUACUGUACACUGAAUAAUAUUGCUAGGUAUUAUGCUAUGUAUCCUUCAAAGGCCAGGCGAGGCAGAGCCGAGCAUGAAGGCCGUCCAACAGUUUCGAUGGCAUAUGGAAAGUUGUGUCCUUUCCGAACUCACAAAAGGAUCCCUUCACAGUUAUGCGAAUCUUACAGCCAACGUGACCAAGAGAAGCAGCUUUGCGAAAAAUGCAUUCAUUGUUUGGAGGAAGAGUUUGAACCCCCGUCAUUUGCAUGCAAAUAACUGCUCAGCCACCCCCAUAGUUCUGAGUCAUUGAUCACACUUGGCUGGUUCUGCAGUGCUGAGCACUUUGUUAGUUGUGACUGGAUUGUAAGGAACUGGCCCGGUUUAUCCAUAGGACAAUCACCAUUAACUUCCCAUAAAGUGGCAUUCAAUGUAUUCACCCUAUAUGGAUGAUGGGCUGAGUAGCCCUUCAGUGAGGAAUAGAUUCUCAAGUUAAAGGUUGUGGGGCAAAACUCUAAACACAACGUCACUUUAAUAAGUUAAACUCACAUUUUUAUUCCUGAAUAGUUAUUAUUUAUCCCGGAAAGUGUUAUGGAGUCUCAUGACCCAUUUUCAGGGGUUCUUACUUGGAUUGUUUGGCCCACGCUUUACUGGAUCAUUUCUGUUUAUCAGAGGAGACUGAAAUAUCUGACGAAGACCCAUAAACUGAGGAGCACCUAGACUCCAAACAGACACCGUGGAAGAUGUAAUUGGAAGUGAUAAGUCCUUGCUUUGAUAUACAUCAUACAGAUCUCUAUGAAAGAGACUGGAAUUUCCUUGAAGCGAUCUCUGUUAAAGUGAAUAACAGUGCUUUUAUUGUAUACAUGUAUAUUUAAAAAAAUAAAUCGUGGAUGCGUCAGGAUUUAAUAGAUCUACUUUGUUUUGAGAGGUUGCUGUAAUAUAUUACUAUGAAAGUAAAUAUCAUUCACUUACAUUUGUUAAUAGUGCUCUAUCAAAGUGAAGUCCUCAUAGAUAUUCAUGAGAGUAAAUGGUGAUCAGUUUUAACAAGGUUUGCCAUUUUAGUCCUUACCCCUGCAGCACCAAAAUGUGGUAUCUUGGAGGAUUAUAACGAAGUCGCCCUUAAUUUUCCACAAGACUCGACUGGAGUGAAUCAACGGUGGCUUGCCAUGACUACACUGAACCUUAUCGUAUCUUGUGGCUUCUUUUUAAACUCUCUGCUCUGCUGCACAUUGGAGCGUUUCUGUAAACUGUUCAGCGGAAUGGUGAGCGACCAGGGCAUGGGUUAGUGCCCUGUGUUGUGUUACAUCUUCAAUUCGCCAUCUCUGAUUUGAUGGAGCUGCGGCACAGUGUUUAGUAUGCAGCAACAUAAGCCAGCUAUGCAAAUUACAUUCCAGGUCACAGCUAGUGAUUUUAGAACUGGUCCUGACUUUUUCCCCCUUCACCAAUCAAACUCCCCCAUGAUCUAGGGAGGCCUUUAUCCAAUGGUGGAUUGAGACUGGCUGGAAUUUAUUUACUUUCCUCAUAAUUUUGAAAUGCACAUUAUCACAUGUUUGGAAGGUGGAGUUUGUGUUUGCAGGCUAACGACUGCUCAUGAUUUGUCUGUAAGAAGGCACCUUUUAUGAAGUCACUAAGCGGGGAUAAAUCCUGAAUGAGAAAUCAGAAACAGUGCACGCUGGCUCGGCUUUUACCGUUGUGUGGUCUCUAGAAGGGCAUCCAAGCUCCAGCGAGCGCGGGGUGUUGCCCAUCUCUCUGUUUGCAGCCCUGAGACGAUGGUGGAAAUUCCUAAUUCCCAUGGUCGGGGGCAUUUUAACACAGCGCAAUAACGUGACGUGUCAACCCCUGAAGGAUGUGGUGGAUGGACAGUAGGCUCCCGAACUGGGAUUUAGGCUGCCUACCUCAAUAAGCCACCAGUAGCACUUUUGUAUUGCAGUCGUAAACCUACCUGUCGUAAUCUUACUUGUAUAUCUUGGCAGAGGUUGUAAAAUAUUUGUGUAAAUUUGAUAACCUGCAUUAAGUAAAACAAAAAUACCUAAAUGCUAGUGAAAGUAAAAUUCUUACAAAUUUUAUCAACCUCGGACAAAUAAUGAUGAUGAGCUGCAUCAACUCCCAAUCAGGUUGUAAACUUUCAACCUUUCAGCUACAGUGCCAUGUGGCCGAUUAAUUUCGUUUUUGAAAUGUACACGCGUGUUAAUUAAUUCACAUCCUGCUCCAUUUGAAGCCCGGUAUCUUAUGCACUGUCGUGUUGUUUGUCGAGCUAUUGGCAUGGCAAGCAGCGUCAUAGAACCAGAGGAGCUGCACAUUGUGCGUGAGGACACGCCUUUGUUAUGUGAAACGUGACCUGCAUACAAGUGGUUCGCGCUGUUAGUUUCCCCCCACACUCGUUAGAUAGUUAUUUUCCAACCACGAUAUGCUACGUAUAUAUAGCGUAUACAAUAAAUACAGUGAGUUUAUAGCCUUUUAUCACUCCCCUGCUGGGCCAAGGUUACAUGGCGUUUUGGUCACUGGGGUGGUUGGUGAAGGGUGGAGGGCCAUGACCGGUGCAGAUAUCACUCACCACUUAUGUUAGCCAUGGCCGGGAAUCAAAUUCAGGUCACCGGAUUCAUAGAGCAGUGCGUUAACCACUAAGACAUGUAUCCCUUCAUUUAAAAGUUAUACAGUAUAUGAAAUAUAAACAAAAGCUAACUGUGUAGGUGCAACUUUAACUACAGUGCAAUCAAUCUCAAUGAUAUAUAAAAUCCUCAAUAUGAAAAUCAAAGCAUCUGCUUAGUUAAAUGAGCAUGAAGAGGGGUUCCUCUUCACUGGCGGCCUUGAGCUAGUGGUGGAAAUUACACAUCAUAGCAGGUGCCACUCUCAUCAUAUGACAACCACUGUUGAUCUCUCACAAGUGGAUUUUAAUUCACAUUUUUAUCGUUGCGAUUCGAGCGCUCUAACCACUGCAUCGUCCAGCUAGAUUAACACGUUCGUCUUAAAUAAUGUUGAUUUCAUUGUAACGCAAGAUCUCUAAUUCAUGGCACGUUACCAAAUCUUUCUAAAGUGUUUAGUUGGGCAACAUUGACUGUGGUACAACCCAAGUCUCUCCCCCUUUUCUGAGGAGCUUGAUUGGACUGUGCCAGGUGUCCAUGCCGCAUAAAUGUUUUGCUUGGGGCUUGAGUACAGAGGCGGAGGAGUUGAGCGAGUCAGGGCGAGGCACUGCAGCUCCACACACUGUUUGCUUCUUAUGUGUCCAAUAAGUGAGAAAACUAGGUGCACUCGGGUUCACAUUUAGCAUGCGCUCUGGCAGCCACUGCAAAUCUCUUGCGUGUGAGCAUCUAGAAUACGUUUAAUUAAUGUUCGGUCUGCGUUGAACUUAAAUUUCGUUUAUGGAGAAACCACUUGUUACUCUGUUAUUCCUGCGAGUGGGUGUCGUUAGUGACUGAUCAGUGCAGUUCACCUGCGGAUUUCGACUAAUUCGCAAAAAUAGCCCAACCAAAUAAGCAGCCUGCAGAUAAUCGCAGCGCUUCGGCCUGACUUGGCAGCUGAACUUGAAUCCCCUUCCUCGGGUGGAUGCACUUGUUUUGUCUCUUCGGUGACGGGCAGCUGGUCACGUUCGUCCGGACAGAGCGACAGAUAUAGCGCGCGAGUGAACGAGAGAGGGAGAAAAGACAAGUGCAGUCCGGCCUUCUCCCCCUCGCCUAUGUUCGACACGGGAUGGCGGCGGCCAGGAGGUUGAACCCUCCGGCGAGCCGCUCUGGCAGAGGGAGACGUGGACCAACUGCAGCAGCAGCAGCAGCAGCAGCAGUCACCUCAACACCAAAGCUGGUGCUGAGCAAUGGGGGUGCUCAGGUGCAUACUAACUCGGAUUCCAGAGAGACGAGCUGGGAUUCUCAACACAGAGAUGGGAUUUGGCUUUCCAGCGACGAGGGUACGGGUAACACGGACGGUGCUGUGCGCGAGCACGGGGCAGAGGACGUGUACGAGGCGGCUCCCAACGGAGAAGCGAUGCUCAUCUGCGACGGCAAUGAACUCAGCGCCUUGGUUGAGGAGGUCGCUGCUGACGACGCGGCAGGAGAUGUCCCCUGGGAGCAGGUCCAGCAGGUGCUGUGUGCCGAUAGGGUGGGGCAGAUGACCAAGACCUACAGCGACAUCGAUGCUGUCACCCGUCUGCUGGAGGAGAAAGAACGCGAUGUGGAGUUGGCGGCACGCAUCGGGCAGUCGCUGCUGCAAAAGAUCAAGGUCCUGACGGACAGGAAUGAAACCCUGGAAGAGCAGAUCGGGCACGCCACGGAGGAGGCAGCCCAGCUGAGGCAUGACCUAGCCAUGAAGGAGGAGCUGCUUCAAAUCUACACGGGAUCGUCCGAUGAGAAUGACAAUGCACCCAAGUCAUCCUCCCCAUUACCGGCGGUGAGCUCCCCAUGUCCCACGUUUUCACUGGGGUCUAGCGGGCUGCACAUGGACACAAUCCACCGCAAACUGCGUGACCUCGAGGAGGAGAACAUCUCACUGCGCUCAGAGGCAUCUCAGCUUCAGAAUGAGACAAUUGACUACGAGGAGAAGGAGGACCAGCUGGUGAACGACUGUGUCCGAGAGCUACGGGAGUCCAACUCCCAGGUGCUGACCCUGACAGAGGAGCUGGCCAGGAGGAGCGAGGACGCGUCGCGGCAGCAAGAGGAGAUUACGCAUUUGCUGUCCCAGAUUGUGGACCUGCAGAAGAAGGUCAAAACGUAUACAGCUGACAACGAGGAACUCACUCAGCACCUCUCUGCUGCCAAGGAUGCCCAACGACAGCUCACGGCUGAGCUUGCCGAGCUGCAGAACAAGCUGGUGGAGUGCACUGAGAUGCUGCACGAGGCCCAGGAGGACGUCAAGAAUCUGCGCAAUCAGACGGCGCCCUCCACCAAUGCGGAACGCUGGCGGCACUCACACACGCACUUCCCCAUGGACUCGCUCGCGGCUGAGAUUGAGGGCACUAUGAGGAAGACGUUGAAGCUGGAGGAUGGCGUGCCCAAGGCCUACCAGCGGCGAGUGUUUGAGACGGUGCGCACGGCGAAUCAGGCGACGGCGUUGAAGCGCGCGUCCAUCUCCUCCUGCCUCUCGCCGCUGCCCAUCCCGGGCUCUAACCAAGGCUCGGUGGUGUCGUCGCGCCUGGCCAGCGCCAUGAGCUCGCCCCGCGCCUCCAGGAGACAGAGCGCCGCUGGGUCGCCACGCUCCAGCCUCAUGACGGACGGGACGAGCGUGUCCCCCGAGUUGCGCUCGCACGGCCUCAUCGACACCACCGAGUCUGGACCGGUGCACACCGAUGAGAAGCGCCCGGGCCAGCCUGGCACUCCCGGUUCACAUGACCUGGAGGCCGCGCUGCGCCGGCUAUCGCUGCGGCGCGAGGCGCACUUAGGUGAGCGGCGCUUCAUGGAGGAGGAGUGGGAGCAGCAGUUGUCAGAGCUUGCGAGCGGCCAGCCCAGUCGGCCGGCCACGCCACCGGGCAGCGAGGGAGGCCUGUCGGAUGGCGAGCAAACGCCGGGUGGAUCGUCCUCCGAGGACUCGCACUCCUCCAUGUCACUCGCCUUCCGCUCAUACCUGCCUGAGAGGUUGCAGAUCGUCAAGCCCCUCGAAGGAUCAGCAACGCUGCAGCAUUGGCAGCAGCUGGCGCGGCCACACCUAGGCGGGAUACUGGACACUCGCCCGGGCGUCAUCGUCAAAGACUCCCAGCUACUGGAGCUAGUCCACCCCAGCAGUUCGGCUGUGUUCCGCAUCACCGACUAUGAGGAGGACGAACCAGAUGGCAAGCCAGGUCUCGGAGAUGCACAGAGGGCAGAAGCUGCUAGUGGUCACCCUGACUCCAUGCACAACUGUGCUGCAGAGACAGAGGAUGGUAGCUCAGUUCACUACCCGGGCAAGUGUUUGGUACAGACCAACUACACGUGCACUUACACCACGUGCCGCAUCAUGCACCCGUCUGACGAGCCAGCCUCCGGCACACUGCCCAGCUUCUGCGGCAUAUCCACCACGUGCUCUUCGGACACCGCCAUCUCCUCCCCGUGUCCCACUCGCCGGCCCAACUUCAUUGAGUCCUUCACCAAUGCUCGGGAGUCAACGAAAACCUGCAGCGUGGCGCUGGGACUGGCGCACCUCCUGUGCGAGAGGGGCAUCUCGGCCCACCUGCCCAUGACCCAGUCUUGCCCGGCCGUUGGCAGACCGUGCAGCCUGGCCGUGCCGUCCACUCCCGUUAACGCGAAAUUCAGCCGCUCGCCAAUUUACCCGCUCUCCCCCAUUCCCUUCCCAGCCCUGGGGAAGCAAAUCGAGAUCUUCCUGGCUUCCAAGCCGGCCACCUCCAUGCUGAAGGAGAUGAUGGGCCACCGAAGGCGGACGAGUGAGAACAGGCGGAGGAAGAAGCCAGAGCUCGGCCCCCCUAGUUCCACUCUGGUGGAGCGGCUCAGGAGGAUGGGAUUCAGCCCCGUGCUGAGCAGCAGCAGUGGCUCUUCCACCUCGCCGUUCUACCAGGUGCUGCCCAGCGCUAGCGGCGAGUGCAGCGGUAAUGGGCAGCGCUCAGCGGGUUUGGGCGACAGCGCCUGUGAAGCGAGGCCCAGUUUCGUGCUUGGGACGGACGAUGGGGAGGAGGAGGAGGAGGAGCCGGCAUUCCCCGGGCUCGAUGCGCGGGGGCACGACAACACCCGCGGUUUAGCGUGCAUGCUGGAACCGCCGGUGGGUGGGCCCGGUUCCCCGCAGAGUGCCACAGGGGACUCGCCAUCCGUGGCUACGCUAACAGGACACCUCGAUGAAGUUGGCGAACCCCCGAAGCUGGUGGUCACAGCUCCCGGCCACAGUGUGGGAAGGGGGAGACGAAAAUUUCGGCAGAGCACGGUGGGAGAGACACUUGAGCGGCGCGAUCCUUGUGACGCGCCAAGCACUGGAGAACUGUAAACCGGAUGCACGCGGGUCGUUUUUUAAUUAUAAGACAACACGUACGCAUUUACAUUUCAAGAUGUACUAAUGUAUGUGUUUUUUGUGUGUGCGUGCCUACCGUAUAAUACUGUUAUGCGACAUGGCGUCGGGGGAAGCUGGGUUUUUUUUGUUGCGAGUAAGCUGCGCGUGUUGUGCGUCACUGUCUUUUACAUAUCUUUUUGAAAUUGCACUUCACGUCCGUUGUAAACCACUCUUUGGUGUGUUCCUGAGUUGCACGCACUUCCUUGAAAGAGUAACCUCGUCUGAAGUUGUAUACCACGAUGACUCAUCACGAAUGCGUACGUGUCCGGUCUUGGCUGCUUGUGACCUUUUGACGAUGCCAAAUGCGUUUCACUACUGACAUCAGGGUUCGUUGUGUUUAAACACAGUUGUGUUAUUAACGUCUAUAUAUAAAACAAACUGUGAGGUGGGACGUGCUGUGGUAAUUGUCAAAACAGUAAUAAGUAUUAUUUGCACUUGCUAUACUUUGUUUUUAAGUACUUGAAUGUAAUGUACUUGUAGCUAUGCAGGGGGAUUAGUGCAACUUGUAUAUAAGGAGCGAAUGAGAGGGGUGUAAGAUACAGGUGAAUGCAUUAGGGGUUGUCAGAGUCUCCGGCCUCAUAUCAGUGGGCUUGCAGGACCACCGCUAUAGAAUAUUGGUCGUGGGCCUUUUGAUCACUUCUCAUAACUGUGGCCUGCUGGCCUUUGUAUGAAUUCGAAUAAUAAAUAUAAUUUGAAGCAGGGCAGAGCAAAUGCACCAGACUGCUUCUCCCUUUCACUUGCAGUCACGUUGGAGGUUUGGCAAUGACGCUUACAAGAAUACAACCACAGGCUUAGCUGGUAGAAAUCUGUGGCAAUGGUGGCACCAUUUACCCAACAAUUUUGUUCAAAUUUGUAAUAAUUCAUGUUUUGAGAUAGGUGGCUCUUAAGGAAAUAAUUCAGAUGAAAUCCUCUAUAAUACACUGAUGAAUUCCUUACAGUCACCUUCACUGGGUGAAAGACAUUUUAAUGUAAAAUUUACUCCUAAAUACUGGUCAAUAUUUUCACCACUAGGCCUUGUAUUCUGUAGAUUGCUGCUUUUUAAUAUAUAUU